GCUUGAGGCAGAAGUCCGACUCUCCAACUUCAGCGAGUCCGAAGCUUCUCUGUGAAGCGUCGAGUUGAAGCCUCGGCAGCGCUUUUAAACAAGACGUUAAAUCACCUUUUACUGUUUUUUAAGUGGUCGGUCACAGCGGACCAGGAGGAACUGCCUUUCUAACCACCUCACCGUACUUUUGUUUUUUCAGGAAACCGUUACUCUCGGCUCGUUGAGGCAGACUCGGUUCCCUAGCCGGAUAGCUAACCGUAACUCUGGGUAACAGUUAGGACCGAUGGUGAGUUAACGUUAGAAAACUGUUUAAAAACUGCCGGACGGGACUGUUUUCUGGCUGUGACCGGACCGAAGUGGAUUUGUCUUUUAUUUUGUUUUGCUUUUAUGUCUGGGCUGUUUUCCAACCAGACAAUAUCAAAAAGUUAACCAGGAUCGGUGGCGACGCUUGGAAACUUUGAAGUUCUCUCCGGCGAAAAUGGAGCCUGAAAACAGCAGCUAGUUAGCGGGGCUGCUAGCACCCAGCGGCUACAUACAAACUUUAUUUUAAAGUUUGCGAAAGCAGUUUUUAUCUGUUUUGGACCUGUCGGCUGAUUUAUAUAGCCGUUUGGCUGUAAUAUAGGCUAUUACAGGAUGGCAGGAGACCCUGUGGUCAGGUUCAACCUCCUCCAUAGAACAUGUAAGCUGGUGGUGCUGCUGUGUUUGCUGCACAUUUCAGUCACUCUGAUUUUCUACGUGAGAUCUCUGGACAUCAGGUUCGCCUUCGUGCAGAACCAGCAGUCCAAAACAGCCUCGGAUCCGGGCAGGAGCUCCAACAUCACCGUCAAAUUCACCAUAAAGGACAUCCAGACCCAGCAGGACGAGGACGGGGAGCCAGAAGACGGAGUCCAGCAGGGUGAAGAGGAAAGUGGAGGCACGACAGAAGCGAAAGAGCUGGAGAAAUGUCCCGAAACCUCACCGCUGCUAGUUGGCCCUCUGCGGGUGGAGUUCAACACCCCGGUCAACCUGGAGCAGUGCCAUAAAGAAAACCCCAACGUGCAGCCCGGCGGGCGCUUCCGGCCCCCAGACUGCAUUGCUCUGCAGAAAGUGGCCAUCAUCAUCCCGUUCCGCCACCGAGAGGAGCACCUGAAGUACUGGCUGUACUACCUGCACCCCAUCCUGCAGCGGCAGCAGCUCGACUACGGAGUCUACGUCAUCAACCAGCAUGGGGAGGAUAUCUUCAACAGAGCCAAGCUGCUCAACGUGGGCUAUGCGGAAGCGCUGAAGGAAUAUGAUUACGAGUGCUUCGUCUUCAGCGAUGUGGAUCUGAUCCCGAUGGACGACCGCAACACCUACAAGUGCUUCAGUCAGCCUCGCCAUCUCUCCGUCUCCAUGGACAAGUUUGGCUUCAGGUUGCCGUAUAACCAGUACUUUGGUGGCGUUUCCUCCAUGAGUAAAGAGCAGUACCUGAAGAUCAAUGGCUUCCCCAACAACUACUGGGGCUGGGGCGGCGAGGACGAUGACAUCUACAACAGGUUGACCUCCAAAGGUAUGACGAUCUCUCGGCCCAGUGGCGUCGUGGGGAAAUGCAGAAUGAUCCGUCACGACAGAGACAAACAGAACGAGCCAAACCCACAGAGAUUUGACCGCAUCGCACACACCAGAGAGACCAUGCACAAAGACGGCAUCAACUCCCUGUCAUACACGGUCAUGGAAGUAGACAAACAGCCGCUUUACACCAAAAUCACAGUGGACGUGGGGAAGCCAUGACCAGCCUAAAGACUUGACAAAAAAAAUCCAAAGAAAGAAAAAGUAAAAAAAACAAAAAACAUGCAGACUUGAAAAGCAAUUCAAUACUGUGGAUGCAGUAAAAAACCAAAAUGUGCCUUGACACUUGAAUUGUAAAAGUUUUGGUCUCGUUGGACCAGACAAACUGGACUGACAAAAUCAGCCAAGAUAUUCUUGGUGUUUUUUGUUUUACAUAUAUAUAUAUGUGUGUGUGCGUGUAUUUGUUUUAAAUUUUUAAAUUUUGUUUUCUCAACCUUUGCACAACCAAGGACGAACUUAGCGGGGGGUUGUUUUUUCUUCACGGGGCCGUCGGGCCGUCGUGGGUCGGACAGUCAGCGGGGGCGGAGGCCUCUGCUCGCCUGUCGUCUUCCAGCAGAAGGCUGCUGCUGAGAGAAAUCCUGCAUGAGCCAUUUUGUCAUUUUGAGCAGAUGCUGAAAAGUUGUGAAAGUAUCAAGUUAAUGUGGGGUCGCAUACAGGGACAAUCAAAGGAGCAGCGUCUGCUCUGCGGUGUUGGUCGCAUUAAUUUUUGCAAUCAAAUUGUUUGAGAAUUAUGGGAGGGGGUUUAGUGUGUAGUGCAUAGAUUUGGGGAAGGUGUCUGUAUGUGUGUUUGUGUGUGUUUGUGUGAGGUCCUGUCAGCAGAUCAGUGUCAAACAGCCGUCGCAAAUCAUUCCUGGCCUGUUUUAUCCUCGGCGUGCCAGAAGUGGUGUAGAUGCUGCUAGGCCGGUCUGGCUGUCCGCCUCCUUCUUUCAGGAUCCCAGUGAGUCCAAAACAGCCAGACAGCUGAUCCCAAAGUCCUUCACUUAACCAAAAGUGGCCUUUCUGAAUUGAUCCUGAUCAAUCAGAAUCAACCUAAAAUCUAAGUGAAAUCUGACAUCCCAAAAAGAAAAGCAGUAAUGUGUAUGUUACUGAUAAAUGUGGAUGUGUUGGAUUGUGUUUUCCCAAAGUGUCCUUACUGUUAGUUCCUAUCUUGCUAGCUGUGGCAAUCAGUCAAACCUUCCCCUCCUCUGCUAUCAGAGGACUUAGAUUUCAAAUUUAAUAAAUUAAAAAACUUAAAGCACAACUGAUUUACCUCAUCUUGAGGUGCUCGAGUGCCUGGCGAGUCGAGUCAGGAUCAUGGAAAUUCAGGAAAAUCAAUUCUGAGAUGUGCUGAUUCAAAGAUUUCAAUCCAGCUCUGCUCAGGACAGAAACUGUCUCCAGGUCUGUUCACCGCUGGCUUUAACUGAUGAAAUCUAAAGGCACCUGAAUGUAAUUACCUGACUGUGUGUGUGUGUGUGUGUGUGUGUGUGUGUGUGUUGUUUGCUAGAUCCAGUUCACUUUAAGUUUUUCUUAACAAUGCAGAUAUUUCCCAAAUGCAGAACAUGCAACAAGUCCCAAUCUUUUAUACAAAAUGAAUUUUCUGUACACGGCAAUAAAAAAAGCAUCUGUUUACACUUUGAGUUGAAAGUAACCCCAGCCCGAGUGUGUGUGCGUGUGUGUGUGUGUGUGUGUGUGUGUGUGUGUGUGUGUGUGUGUGUGUGUCUGCCUGGGUGUUAAUGCAGCCUGUGUGAGGUCAAAAUGAAAUAUCAUUAUGCUGUUUUCUAUCAUGAUUGGCUGGAGGUCGUUGUGUGUGUUCUCAGUGGGUUUUGUGCAUCAUUCAUGUGUGAAUAAGAGAAUAAAUCAAGUCUUGCCUUUUUUAUUUUUAUUUGCCUUAAAAUUAUUUUUGUGAACGUUGCCAAGAGUUGAGGCAGUUUCUGAAUAUGUGUUUGGAGGAAUAUCUGUUGAUUACAAAUGAUUUUAUUCAAGUGAACUAAAGAUAUAUAUAUUAACGUCUGUGUGUGACUCGCUGCUCGCUGGUGAAUUUCUGAGAUUUCUGUGUGGAGACAAACUUUUAUUUUUCAUGACUUUGUGCUGUUUGAAUGUAACGUUCCUGCUCCCUGACGUAACCCGACACUUUUCACAAGUGCCUUCCUCUCUGUCUCUCUAAGACACCAAAGAAACAGAAAAAGAUGUCAUUUUUGCUCCAUUUUGUUGUAUGUUGUAUCUCAGUGCAGCCAUCCUGGUUAAAUACAGGAUAAAUUAAAAAAA